UUCCCCGCAACCCUGUAGGAUAACGGUAUAGAAAAUGGAUGGAUGGAUGGCUCAUUGGUAAAUUCCAUUUGCAUAAAAGAUACAAAACACUUCAGGAUAUGCCGUUAUAAGAAAAUAAUCAGAUUUGGAUUGCAGCACGCCACCGCGUCGUUAAUUAUUUUCCUAAAACUGCACACCCAUGCCGUCUUUUAUUCCUCACUUAAUCUCCUCGAGGUUCCCUGUCCAUUGCUCACGUUCAAAACAAAGAAUCGAUGCUCUCGGUGUGAUGAUUUAUUAGAAUUUUAUUUGAUCGUGAAUUCCACAGAUGGAUUAGUCAGGUCUGGAUCCCAGCACAGGCCCGGAAGUUGUUUGGGAUUUCAGGUAAAACAUCCCGGAGAUGCUGCCUUCGCCCGAGAAAACAAACAGUGCUCCUGUUAUAUAAAUACAGCAACCAGAGUCGAUCGCCAGGCAGCUGGUGUGAGAAUGAAUGCUGACGAUUGUAAUGGCCGUUCUUACAUGUCAGGCAGCGGAGAUUCUUCAACAGAACGGGAGUUUUUCGCAGGGCUAAGGGGACCUACAGUGAGCACUCCUAACAGUCAGCACUCCUCUCCCAGUCGCUCCGUCAGUGCAAAUUCCAUCAAAGUGGAGCUCUACAGCGAUGAAGAAGCAGGUAGUGCCCCACUUGCAGAGAGAGGAGGAGGAGAGAGGGAUGAAGGAUGGAAGCAGGAUAAGGGGGACAUCGCCGAGGAGGUUGGCGGAGAGGUCGGAGGCGACGUGGGAGGAGGAGUGCUUGGUCAGGGAGGGAGCGGUUCACCUGGUCCCAUUCGGCUACCUAACGGGAAAUUGAAGUGUGACAUAUGUGGGAUGAUCUGCAUCGGCCCUAAUGUUCUCAUGGUACACAAGCGCAGCCAUACAGGUGAGCGGCCAUUCCAGUGUAACCAGUGUGGCGCGUCCUUCACGCAGAAGGGCAACCUGCUGCGCCACAUCAAGCUCCACUCUGGUGAAAAGCCCUUCAAAUGUCCCUUCUGUAACUAUGCCUGCCGUCGCCGUGACGCACUCACAGGACAUCUCCGCACACACUCCGUUUCCUCUCCGACUGUGGGGAAGCCCUAUAAGUGCAGUUACUGUGGACGCAGCUACAAGCAGCAGAGCACACUGGAGGAGCAUCGCGAACGUUGCCACAGCUACCUACAGAGUCUGGACCACCAGCCUGCCCACAGCACGCAGUCUGCACAGGGUGAGGAAUGUCGUAACAUGGAUAUGAUGGCUGACCCUCUGAUCCAGCCCUUGUCAGAAAAGAUGACCUUCAUUGAACGGGUGGCUAACAGCAUCACUAAAAGGAAGCGCUCCACACCUCAACGGUUUCUGGGAGAAAAGCACAUGCGAAUGAACAUGUCAGAUGCACCUUAUGAGAUCAACUCCAGCCCUGAGAAAGAGCGGGAUGUGCUGGGUUCUCAUGCUGGAAGUGACCCUGCUGCUUUAUCUGCUAUGGGAAGCCGCUACCUCCGCACCCCUCGAGGAGGAAGCGAAGAGGUUGAGUCUCCUCGAUCCCUGCGCCUGCCUCCUCCUCACCCGGCCUGUGUCUCCGAGUUUACCCCUGUCAUCAGCUCCGUCUAUGGCCACAUCACACCCCUGGGCCAGCGGCUGAACUGUGCAGGGAGCAUCAACAUGGUACUGCCUGGUCGAGAGGCAGGUGAGGGUCACGAAGACGUGCCCUCAGGGCGCAGCCACGCUGACUCGCCCAGCAAUGGCUGCCAGGACUCCACGGAUAACGAGAGCACGACAGAGGAGCACGGCAUCGGCCCUGGCGCUGCCAACCAUCGAGGACGUGAGCGCCACAGUCCUAGUCAUGCCAAAGAAACAGAAGUGGAAGGGGAGCGAGACAGAGGGGGCGCACCGGCUAAGGGGAGCCCUCGUUCUCCUCCCUCGUCCGGUUUGGCCGUGCAGGUGGUGGACGGCGAGGGGCGGCCGGUGCGCUCGUUCCGCUGCGAGCACUGUCGCAUCUUUUUCCUGGACCACGUCAUGUUCACCAUCCACAUGGGCUGCCAUGGCUUCCGCCAGCCUUUCGAAUGCAACAUCUGCGGCCACCGCAGCCAGGACCGCUACGAGUUCUCCUCGCACAUCGUCCGAGGAGAGCACCAAGUGGGCUGAACCACUUGGGAGUGGGGGUGGG